GCUAGCGGAGGGGCGGGAGAGAAGGUGGAGGCUGCUAGGGAGGCGCCCUGGGCUGGAGAGACCGGGGCAGAGUGAGUGGGGGUAGAGGGAAUGCAUCAGCCGAGGGGGUGCAGCGGCUGGGGACGUGGCCAAGGAAGAAAGUACGAGCCGCAGGCCGGUGGUGGAACGUCGGCGAGGAGUGCUUCGGCUAGGGGUGGGAGGCGGGGAGGGGCUGGGCUUCGGGGAUAAAGGUUUGGCUGCCUACAGAGCUGGGUGAACCCGUGGAGGUGACGGUGGGGUCCCGGACUCGACCGAGUUCCGAGUGCGAGGUCCCAGGCUGGGGAACAGAGCCGGACCCCUCCCCCCCGACCCCCCGCCGGAGGUCUUACUGAGGAAACCCUAACAACAGUGAGGACUCCGCCCCUUUGCUCCUCCUCUUCUCGGCUUAGUGCGGGUUCGCCUUAGCACAAGCUUUCCGCUCCCACCGCCCUCCCCCAGUCGGGAUGGCUGGGCCAAAGUUGAGAGAACAGAGGAGAGGGGCGGCAGGAUGAAUGUGGGCACAGCACACAGCGAGGUGAACCCCAACACACGGGUGAUGAACAGCCGUGGCAUCUGGCUCUCUUACGUGCUGGCCAUCGGGCUCCUCCACGUCGUGCUGCUGAGCAUCCCCUUCGUGAGUGUCCCUGUCGUCUGGACUCUCACCAACCUCAUCCACAACAUGGGCAUGUAUAUCUUCCUGCACACGGUGAAGGGGACGCCCUUUGAGACCCCGGACCAGGGCAAGGCGAGGUUGCUAACCCACUGGGAGCAGAUGGACUAUGGGGUCCAGUUCACGGCCUCUCGGAAGUUCUUGACCAUCACACCCAUCGUGCUGUACUUCCUCACCAGCUUCUACACCAAGUACGAUCAGAUCCAUUUCAUCCUCAACACCGUGUCCCUGAUGAGCGUGCUCAUCCCCAAGCUGCCCCAGCUCCACGGAGUCCGGAUUUUUGGAAUCAAUAAGUACUGAGGGUGCAGCCCCUUCCUCUGCCCAGGGUGACAGGGGAGGGGUAGGGGAAAAGGCCUGUGCUGCGACUCUGAAGACAGAAAGAAGAAGCCUCUGGACACUGCCGAGGUGGGGGUUGAGCCUCUGGGCCUAGUUUCCCCCCUCGCUUCCCCCAGUAGCCAACUUGGAGUAGCUUGUAGUGGGGUUGGGGUGGGCCCCCUUGGGCUCUGACCUUUUCUGAAUUUUUUGAUCUUUUCCUUUUGCUUUUUGAAUAGAGACUCCAUGGGGGUGGUCAUGGAAUCAGCUGGGCUCCUGGGCUGAACAUGGAACAUGCAUUGGGACAGGAGGUGGGGUGGGGUGGGGGAAACCCCUGCUCACUUGUUUCAGGCAGCCAAAGCACUUUAACCCCUGCGUAGGGAGCAGAGGGCGGUAUGGCUUCUGGAUUGUUUUCACUGUAAUUCUGAGGUCUUUUUGAUGACACGCAGUGUGUGCUUGUGUGUGUGAAAGCAAGCGUGGGAUGGGGCCUUGCCCUUCUGGGCAGAGAGCUGUCUAAUCCGAGUCUUGGGCUUUCAGCAGCUUGCCUGCAACCCACCCUGGGUCCUGGUUGGGAGUGGGGAGGGUCAGGUGGGGGAAGAUGGGGUGGAGUGUGGAUGGCUUGGUCCCAGAGGUGAGGGGGCCAGGGCUGCUGCCAUCCUGAUGUGGUAGAGGUUGGGAAGCUGCAGAGGGGAUAGGGAGUGGAGACUUAGAAGAAUGGGGCCACGGAGCAGCAGAGCACUGAUGUAAGGGAGGGGGGAUGGGGAAAGAAGCCAGACCCAGUCUUCUUGGGAUGUGGGCAGGGAGGGAAGCAGGCUUGGAGGGUUAGUUUACCCACAGAAUGUAAUGGUAAUAGGGGAAGGAGGCUGCUGUGGACUUAACUCCUGAGUUGGCUGUUGGGUGGACAGGUGGGGAACAGGCCCGUGAGUCUUUGUUAGUACAGGUCCAACUUGGCCCUGACUUCUGCAGGGUACAGGGAAGCUGUGACAAACGAUGGCUGCUGUGGUCCUCUGCAGGCCCUCACCCCUUAACCCCCUCGUGUAGGCUGGCACUGGGCAGGGCCUCUUCGUGUAGGCAGGCACAUGUGGUGCUGUGAGGCCACCCCACAUGGGAUCAGUGGUGAGAGUCCUGUAGGACCUUUGGUCAAGCAGCACAGGGGAAGGAGUGUGGCCUGUAGGCACGGUCUCAGCCUGCAGAGAAGAAAGUGAGGCUGGGAGCCUGAGCCUGGGCUGGAGCCUUCUCCUUUCCCCUGGCGGACUAAGGGCAGUGUUAAUUCUGAAAAGGUGUGGGUACCUGUAUCCUCUUCCAGGGGCCUGGGGGAGCAGGAGAGGUCACUGGCCCUGUUUUCCACCUCCUGGCCCUGCAUCUCUGACCCCAUGUAUCAUAGGGAACUUUCACCUUAAAAUCUUUCUAAGCAAUGUGUGAAUAGGAUUUUUACUCCCUUUGUACAGUAUUCUGAGAAACACAAAUAAAAGGACAACGUGUUCCUAUU